AUCAAAGGGGCUUGGUUCAUUAGUGUUGGGAUCGAGGCAGGAAGGACAUGUGAGAUAGUCACAGUUCUACAGUGAACGGGGCAACAUCUCACCAUUUCAACUCCGCGUCCGCGUGGAAUGAUUGCUUUAGCUUUUCGAGAGAGACAUCUUAUUUUUCAGAGAGCGACCGGUGGAGAGACAGGGAAGCCGAUUCCGCUCAUAGCUUUGUUAUAGCCUUUUCACUUUAACUGAUAAUAUUGCGGGACUCUGUGGAAGUACCAGCAUCGGGAGUUUACGCAGUAGUUUAAGAACUACCAUUCCGGUUUUUACUUAAAUACGCCCUGAGUGCCUUCACAAUUCAGAAUUACUUCUGUAGGCUGUUUAUUGCAAAAUACAUUUAUCUGGAGACGGACCUACAGAUUUCUUGCUGGGGUUUUGUACCACUGUAUAUUAUUUCACUAUUAUUUUUGGAUGCACCGAUGAGAGAUCCAGUUUUUACAGGGACUGCCAUGGCUUAUCACCCUUUCCACGCUCACCGGCCGACCGACUUCCCUAUGUCAGCUUUUCUAGCGGCCGCGCAGCCUUCCUUCUUUCCGGCGCUCACUUUGCCUCCAGGGGCACUCACAAAGCCGAUUUCGGACCACGCUCUCGCUGGAGCCGCAGAAGCAGGGCUCCAUCCGUCUUUGAGCCACCACCAUCAGGCGGCUCACCUCCGCAGUCUUAAGAGCCUGGAACCCGAUGAAGAGGUAGAUGACGACCCAAAAGUCACACUGGAAGCCAAGGAUCUAUGGGAUCAGUUUCACAAAAUAGGAACAGAGAUGGUUAUAACCAAAUCUGGAAGGAGAAUGUUCCCCCCUUUUAAAGUGCGAAUCAAUGGUCUUGAUAAAAAAGCGAAGUAUAUUCUCUUGAUGGACAUAGUCGCUGCCGAUGACUGCCGCUACAAGUUCCACAACUCGCGCUGGAUGGUAGCUGGGAAAGCCGACCCUGAGAUGCCCAAGCGAAUGUACAUUCACCCGGAUAGUCCAGCAACGGGAGAACAGUGGAUGGCCAAGCCUGUUGCUUUUCAUAAACUGAAGCUCACAAAUAAUAUAUCGGACAAGCAUGGAUUUACGAUUUUGAACUCCAUGCACAAAUACCAACCAAGAUUCCACAUCGUGAGAGCCAACGACAUCCUGAAACUCCCUUACAGCACUUUCAGGACAUAUGUAUUUCCUGAGACCGACUUUGUUGCAGUCACAGCUUAUCAAAACGACAAGAUAACACAGCUGAAGAUAGACAACAAUCCUUUUGCCAAAGGAUUCAGAGAUACCGGAAAUGGAAGGAGAGAGAAAAGGAAGCAGUUGACCCUUCCAUCACUUCGCAUGUAUGACGAUCAAUGCAAGGCGGACCGAGAUGGGGGUGAUUCGGACGCCUCUUCGAGUGAGCCAACAGCCGGCAGAGACACUGUCCACUCACCCUCAGGACCUGUGUCGAGCCCACUAAGAUUAAGUCGAACCAGUCGAGAUGAAAAAACGGGCACUGACAGUGAGCAAGAACUUGACCCUGAGCGGUGUACUGGAUCGAACAGCCCGGGACCAGAGCCGCCAUCCCCAUUCAACUCGAGAUGCGAGGACCGAAUUAGGGACAGGCCUAAUCAUGAAAAGAAGGACGAAUAUUCGGACGCCAGGAAGCACAAUGACUCUAUAUUCAGCAUAAGGAACCUCGAGAAAGAUAAAACGGAGAGCAGGCACAGGAAAGACGCCACUGAUUUGUCCAAAAAGGACUCGGAUAACGGUGGCAUAAGCGCGAGCAAGGAAGGGUUCUCCCCACUGAUGGUCCAAACGGAGAGCCCUUCACACUUCACUGCGAGCCAUUUACAAAGCCUCGCUCUGUCUGGCUUGCACAGUCAGCAGUUUUUUAACCCUUUAAACACCGGAUCACCACUGUUGUUUCACCCCGGACAGUUUGCCAUGGGCCCGGGAGCAUUUUCUGCCAUGGGCAUGGGGCACCUUUUGGCCUCGGUAUCGGGAACAAGUGGUUUGGAAAAUGGCAGCCUCUCCGCCGUUGCAGGGGGUACCCCGAACCCAUUUCCUUUCCAUCUAUCUCAGCAUAUGCUGGCCUCUCAGGGCAUUCCAAUGCCGACUUUCGGUGGCCUGUUUCCUUAUCCAUACACCUACAUGGCGGCCGCAGCAGCCGCGGCAUCUGCCCUUCCCGCCACUAGCACCGCUAGCUCACUCUCAAGGAAUCCUUUCCUGAGCAACUCGCGUCCUCGUCUCCGAUUCAACCCGUACCAGAUCCCCGUGUCCAUUCCUCAGAGUACUAACCUACUCACCACUGGCUUGCCAGGUGGCCUAAACCCAGGCUCCGAGUCAUCGAAAUCCGGCAGCAGGGAAACAAGUCCCGCACCUGAACACCAUAACCACAAAGCAGGCUCGAGUGUGAGGAACGGCUCCCCCAAAGCAGCCCUGAAGGACUCCAUCAACGAACUCCAGAACAUACAGAGACUAGUAAGCGGCUUGGAGAGCCAGAGAGAGAGAUCUCCUUCGAGAGACUCUCCGAAGUAAUUUGAGUUGGAAUUAUAAUUCCACAAGACUUUGCUUGAAAUAUCACUUUUCGUUUUGUAGGUCCAGGACAUUACACCAAAAGGCUUUUUUCCUUUUUUGUUUUGCUUCCGGCCUUAGGAGAGAGUAACCUACCCUCACUGCUAGGUCAAAUGUUUUGGGGUAGCCCACCCUUUGUUUAACAGACAGACAACUGUCACAAUUCAAUAAUACAAGAAGCCAAAAUGCGUUUGAGUUUCAAGCGUAAUGGCUAAAACUUGGACAAACGAAGGAAAAUACCAACAGCGUAUGCCUACUAACGGUAACACAGCACACAGCAUGUUCGUAUUAAAACGCCAGUUACAAAAUCGUGGCAAUGUCUUAGGACUUGAGAAAGACAUCUUUAUUAAUGUAAUCAAUAGACGUAGGCUACUUUGUUUUGUUUUAUUUUUAAAGAGCACUGCAUUACUAUUGACAAUUGGUGUGAGUUUGGCCCAUAUAAACAGCUGAAGGUGAUAGGCCUACGUGUAGAGAGGAAAACAAGCUACAUCCAAAAAUAAAUACUAGGCUAUAUAUAUUUCAAAAGGGAGGGGAAAUGAACGUUCCGUUUAAUGAAUUGAUAAGAACUUGUCAUUUCUGCCAGACAACUGUUUCCGAAUUAUUUAUGUAAUUAAAAGAAAAUUCUGUAAAUAAGCUAUAAGGAUCCAAGAAUAUGCAAUUGGUAUUAAUUUAUUCAGCUGUACAUUGGCGUGUAUAUAAUAUUUAGAGUUUAACUCAUUGCUUUUUUCCCUUUUACAUCAACUUAUACUGUAAUGAAAGCUAUUUAGCGCUUGUUGGUUUGAAACAGUGAAUGUUUCUAUCUGUGAUACAUUGCCCUACCUGUGACACGUGAAAGAAACAUGUGUGCCAUGUUUAGUUGCUGCAAACACUAAUAAUAGCCUAAUAGAAAGCGCUCCUAAUUGUCCAUUUACCUGACUGUAUAAUCUGCAAAAGACACAGACAUAAGAAAACCUCAGGUAUUCACUCCAACAUCGGGGAAGAUAACAUUUCUCCUCAAAUGGACACAACGCAUAUCGACCUUGCUAUAUAAAUAAUAUUUAAAAUUGAAAGGUAGGCUAUCUCGUUUAUGCUGGUUGUCCGGGUAACUUUUUUGUUGAAUUCUUUCACAGUUUCAAUAAAAAUCGAUGUGUUUAUUAUGUGAA